GAACCAAAUCAGUUCCGUGCUAGUUUUGUUUGCUGCAUCUUUCUGCAACAAUCGAGUUCGUCGCUGAUAGUGAAGUCUUUUGUUCGAAAUGGCGCAACCUAUCAGAGCUGCAGUACUUGUAUUGAUGCUGUCACUAGUUACCGUACAGAAAGUGGUUGCAUUUGACGACAUUUUGGAUGAUCUUUUAUCGUUUUUCUUCGAUGAUUCGGAGGAAAACGACUCGACACAGAUGGUGCAAGUUCACAACAAAAAUGCAACUAUUAAAAUUGAUUGUAUCAAUGUACCCUGUACGCUGAAUGUGAUGUGCAACAACUGUAUCAAAAUGACUAUGAGCGACCCAGGAUCAUCAAAUUCCACCACUAGUGCUCCAUCGAGUUCUCCCAACGGACACAAGGCUGAUACUACUGUUGGCCCUACUAAGAAUACUGGCACUACUCCCAGCACAAACGUUGCUACUGUUAGUGCUACUAAGCCUACUACAUCAAAUGCUAAAACCACUGUCAAUACUGAUAACCCUGCCACCGCUGACGACGCCAGUAAUGUUACUGUCAUCGCAGACGGUGCUUGAAAUUUUGUCUGGCAUAUUUAGCUAUUAAUAAAAAAGUUUUCUAGUAUGA